AUGAAUAUUCUACAAAUCGCGUGUUUGUUUGUGAGCGUGUUAGUCUCCGGCAGUCUCGGAGCAAACGUAAACCUCGUGCAGCUUGCGGAGCAGCUUGGGGCCACGACUCUCGUGCAGCUCGUGCGGCGGGCUGGUUUCGAGGGCACCUUUUCCGGUGGAGGCCCGUUCACUAUUUUCGCACCAUCAAAUGACGCCUUUGCCGCCCUUCCCAAGGAUGUCCUUGAGAAACUCUCGGGCGACAUGGCGCUGCUGAAGCAGGUGCUCGCUUUCCACGUGACCAAUGGACUAGCCUACUCAAGCGGUCUCACUAAUAACAUGCUCGUGGACACACUAGACUCGGCCGAUAAGAUCCGGGUUAACAUCUACCAGAAGUCGGGAUCUCCAGUUGUGACGGUGGACGGCGCGCUGGUGACCAUGGCGGACCAAAAUGCAACAAAUGGCGUGAUCCACGUAAUCGACCAUGUGAUGUACCCACUUCCGUCGGGAACCAUCCCCUUGGUGGCAGCUGUGGCCAAGCAGUUCGGGACCCUCGUAUACGCCCUUCAGCAGGGUCAGCUCAUUCCUGCCCUGGAAGGCAAGGGUCCGUUUACGGUUUUUGCUCCAAACAACGCCGCCUUCGACAAACUCCCGCCAAACGCCCUCAGUGACCUCCUGAGCAACCAGACAGCCCUCAUUGCGGUGCUGAAGUAUCACGUGUUGGCGGCGGCAGAUUACAGCGCCGGGCUGUCCAACGGCUCGGUGGCUACACUCGAGGGACGCUCUAUCCAAAUUGACGUCACUAACGAUGGCGUAAAGGUGAACAAUGCCACGGUAGUAACGGCGGAUAUACCAGCCUCAAAUGGCGUCAUUCACGAGAUAGACAGCGUCCUCAUUCCAGCUAAUUAGCGUUGCAGCCGACCCAGGGGUUAGGACCGUCAUAUAACAUUUACUACAGAUCCUCUGAAAUCGGCUUCAGUUCUAGGAAAAAGUCAAUAUGACUUUAAAUAUAAUUCAAAUAUUAUUAAGUGUAUUCAUUGGCUAAUUUGUAUGUUGCUAUUUACAUAUCAUAAAAUGAUUUUGAAAUAUGAUCCUGUCACUCCGGUUGUUGAAAUCAUUUGUUAUAAAUUUGCCCGUAGUUAUUCGAAAUAAAGUGAUAACGUGAUAUAUUGAGUA